AUGGAAGGAAUCAUCCUCUUUGUGUGUCAAGAAGGCAAAAAAGGACUAGAAAUGCUGGUUAGUCUGAGUAUCGGGUGUAGAAAAGCUACCAGGUCCCCGUUCUUCUCGUUGGCCUGGAUGUUCCUGGCUACGAUAGUUCUAGAAGUGUCUACAGUCUGGGGGUCAAAUUCAGGCUGCCACCUGUCACCGCCAAUCAUCAACGGAAACCUCAGCCGACCAGGAGAUGUUGUUAUAGGGGGGACAUUUCCUAUUCACGUCGACAGAAUCCACAACGAAAUACAUUUCAGGAGCAAGCCGAUGGACCUCAAAUGCCAGUUGCUUGAGUUCCAGAAUUUCCAGAGCAUGCGGUCAUUAAUAUUUGCUGUGGAGGAGAUCAACAUGAAUCCGGAUCUCCUUCCUAACAUCACGCUGGGCUUCCAUGUUUUUGACACCUGUACUGUAUUGAGACGGGCAGCAGUGGGGACUCUGUGGAUGCUGUCGGGUGGAAAGGAAAGCAUCCCCAAUUAUCAAUGUCAAGAGAAAGCGCAGCUAGCUGGUAUCGUUGGCGAUUCCGGGUCAACACGUUCCAUCCUCAUGGCUCAAAUAUUGGGGCUCUACAGAUAUCCACAGAUCAGUUAUUUUUCGACAAGCCCAUUCCUCAGCAAUCGGAACCUUUUUCCUUCCUUUUUUCGGACAAUACCUAGUGAUGAGUUUCAGUCUCGGGGUUUAGCUCAGCUGGUCUCAUAUUUCAGCUGGUCAUGGGUUGGCCUCCUGGCCACGGAUAAUGAUUACGGUCAACUAGGAAUACAAGUGGUUAAACAAGAGAUAAUCAUGUCCGGAGCAUGUGUGGCUUUUGUCGAGAACAUAUUGACCAAUCAUCCCAACAGAAAUGCCCCCCACAUUGUCCAAGUCAUCAGGGAGUCAACAGCUAACGUUGUGGUGGUGGUGUCAUCCGAUUCUGACUUCAUGCCAGUAGUAGAAGAGCUAUUAAGGCAAAAUGUAUCAGGAAGAGUCUGGGUUGCCAGCGAAUCUUGGUCAACCUCAGACCUCCUCUCCAAAGAAAGGUUCCAAAAAGUCUUGGUGGGCACCAUUGGCUUUGCGAUCCACGGUGGUCGGAUGCCAGGAUUUAUUGAGCACCUCAACAGCCUUCACCCAUCGAUAUACAUGGACGAUCCCUUUGUCAAAGAGUUUUGGGAGCAAAUGUUCUCUUGUCGGUGGGUUGAGAAAGAUAGUCUGGUUGGUUGGACCAGUAAUGGCACUAUCCAAAAAUGUUCAGGUAGCGGAAAUCUGGAAAACUCUAUAAAUCAAGCUGAUCUCAGAAUCACAUUCAAUGUGUACACGUCGGUUUAUUCUUUGGCGUGGGCUCUGCAAAAUCUGCUUCAAUGCAAACCAGGGAUGGGACCUUUCCACGACGGAAGCUGCGCUAAGAUCUCAUCUUUUCAACCAUGGCAACUACUUCACUAUGUUAAAAAUGUAAAUUUCUGGACCAAAGACAACACCCGGAUUUAUUUCAAUGAUAAAGGGGACCCUCCGGCCCUGUAUGAUAUUGUGAACUGGCAAGUAGGGGCCAAAGGAGAUUUGGAGCAGGUUAUAGUUGGACUCUAUGACUCAAGCUCCCCAAGUGGAAGCGCCCUGAUUGUAGACAGGACUGCUAUUAUAUGGAAUAACGGACAUUUACAGGUUCCGCACUCCAUGUGCAGUCCAAGUUGUCCCUCAGGAUUCAGAAAAGUGUCAAUACCAGAAAAGCCCACCUGCUGUUUUGAGUGUGCCCCAUGUCCACUUGGAGAAAUUUCAAACAAAACAGAUGCGGUUGAAUGCCAUCAAUGUUCCUGGGACAUGUGGCCAAAUCAUGAACAGAAUAGGUGCCUACCACGGAUCAUUGAGUUCCUCUCAUAUAAUGACCCAAUGGGUGUCAGCUUGGCCGCCAUUUCCCUCUUCUCUUCUACGGUCCCCAUUUCCAUUCUGGUUGUCUUUGUCUGCCGUAGGACUACUCCCAUUGUUCGAGCCAACAACUGGUCCCUUAGUUGUCUUCUCCUGGUGUCCCUCUCACUCUGCUUUCUUUGUUCCUUGGUUUUCAUUGGCUACCCACAACCUGAGAUGUGCCUUCUGCGGCAGGUGGCCUUUGGCUUGGUGUUUUCGCUUUGCAUCUCCUGUGUCCUCGCAAAAACCAUCACUGUUGUCAUUGCCUUCAAAGCGACCAAACCAGGAACCAAAUUAAGAAAAUGGACAGGGGUGAAACUCUCCUACUCUGUCAUCGGGCUUGGCGUCUUCGUUCAAUUAUGCAUAUGUGUAAUGUGGCUGUCCCUUUCCCCUCCUUUCCCAGAAUAUGACUCUCACACGCAAACAGGGGUCCUCGUCAUCAGCUGUAACGAAGGAUUACCAGCUGCCUUCUGGUGCAUGCUGGGAUAUCUUGGCCUCCUGGCCUCGAUCAGCUUUGUUGUCGCUUUCUUGGCCAGACGGCUUCCCGACAGUUUCAACGAGGCCAAGUUCAUCACGUUUAGCAUGCUAGCCUUCCUCAGCGUCUGGGUGUCAUUCAUUCCAGCCCACCUUAGCGCUCGGGGCAAAAAUACCGCUGCAAUGGAGAUAUUCGCUAUACUGUCAUCCAGCUGGGCCGUCGUCGUCUGUAUCUUUGUGCCAAAGUGUGUCGUCAUAUUAUUCCGGCCCAACAUGAAUUCCAGAGAACAUCUAAUGAAGAAAGGAAAAAGUCAGAAAUAG